AUGCGUCCUAGCUUUUCUUCGUUGGUCACUGCUGCGAUCGCAGUCGCGGGCACCACGCUCGCUUUGCCUGCAUCCGACUCGACCCUGACGGCAGUGCAGCGAGCCGCGGAUGCCGACAUUCCUGCUGGUUUCUUGUCGGCGACGUUCUUGGGUGACGUGCCUCAUGUGUUUUUGCAUUACUCGCGAGCGGAUGCACCCGUCACGUUCAGCGCCGUGUCCGGGUCCAAGGGUGAGCUCGUCCCCACGCUCGGCACGGGUGGCGCCAGAGACCCGUACAUCUUCCACAACCAGGUCAACGGCAAGUACUACAUCCUCGCCACUGACCUGGACAUUGGCAAGACCAACUGGGGCGAUGCGCAGUCGCACGGCUCGCGAAGCAUCCACGUCUGGGAGUCGGACGACGGCAUCAACUGGUCCGCUGAACGGCUCGUCGAGCUGAUGGACACCACUGCCGGCUACGUGUGGGCACCGUCUGCCACGUGGGACCCUGCCGCCAACGCUUAUGCCGUCUUCUGGGCUUCGCAGACCUACGAAAGCUCGGACCCCGACCACACAGGCCCAGCUACGGGCCCCUUCGUGUACUACUCGUACACGACAGACUUGGUCAACUUCAGCAGCCCUCAGCGCUGGGAGAGCAUCAACUUUGGCAACAAGGUGAUCGACCAGGAGGUGGCCGACCUGGGCAACGGCAACAUGGUUCGAUGGUACUCGGACGUGACCGGAGGCACAGGUGUGGUGAUGGACAAGACAUCCGAGGGUCUCUUUGGCACUUGGGAGCGCAUUGGCAAGCCGGUCGAUGUCGUGUGGGAAGGCCCUGCCAUCCAGCGCGACAUUCUCAACCCCGCCAAGUUCUACCUGUGGGAAGACAACUACGGCGGACCCGGCUACUCGUGCUUCCAGACCGAAGAUCUGUACACGAUUCCAUACCCGGCUUGCGACCCGGCGCUGACGCCAACGGGAAUGCGACAUGGAGCUGUCGUCCAGAUUCCUGCCACCACGCUCUCUGGCCUCGAAUCCGCCUGA